CUUAGUUACGUCCUUCAAUUCUUUCUGGAAGUCUCCACCUACAUCUGUUCUGUUUCUUCCCCUAUUGCCAGUUGGGUACAACUUUUCUUUCGUUUCUUCCUUUCUUUUUUGUCUCUUGAGUGAAAAACAGAAAAAAAAGGGGGCAAGGGAGAAACGCCCAGCAAGCCCCAGCUCGGACGAUUGAUGUCACCACCUGAGGCCUCUCAUUGUCAAAUUAUCGAUUUUCUACCCGUUUUCACUCCACAUUCGUUAUUUGGCUUUUUUUCCCCUUUCGUUUUAUUAUAGCAAUCGGAGCACGGCCUACACUCAUCAUAAGCGUCUUACUAGUGCCAAUCUCUUCAUCCAUCACUUCCACAGACCGAGGUUGCGAGGAUCUUUUCUCCCCAGAUCAGAAAAAAGAUCGAUCGCCAGCCCGGACCAUUCGCGGCUUCUCUAGGGGAUUUCGGAGCAUUGAUUCUUCGGUUUCCCGGUGUUUCAAAAAAAAAAAAAACCUUGACAGCUGUCGACUGCCAAUUGUCUUAGGAAAAUCAGGGCCCUCGACACGCACUACGAUUUUGCAAAUUGAACAGUAACCAACAACUAAGGAAGAAAAAAAAUACACUAGGUCCGGCAACUUGGCAACGCGCAUCAAACCGCGCACGCCACCCCGUUCUUGACCAACCUUUCCCAGCGAGCUACAUGCUAUGCUGCUGAACUUUUAAACUUUUUUUUUCUGCAGAAUUCCUGUGGUUUAUACAUACUCGAUCCAGUCGAGCUUUUUGGACGGCGCUUUCCAACCUUCUGCAGCAACAUCGACAGUCGCACAAGCUCCCAGCGAAGAAACAACAUCGGUAUUGGAUUAAUUACCAUUAGUCUUGCCAUUGUUAGAGACGAUCCCCUUCCAACAAGGAUAACCGUCCGAGCAGCCACCCGCUUUGGCAGUGUAAGCUAGGUCGAACGGCGAUAGCUUGCCCACUUGCGGAUACAGCCGACCCCUUUGGCUGUCACUACUAGAACAGAAACCACUUCGCCGCCCGGCUGCUACCUUGGUUGGAAACAUAAUGAUAUAAAGAACAUCGGCAACGUCACAUCCGAGCAGCCAGAGGGCAAAAAUAGGGUGCUGGCCAGUUGUAAAUUUUCACACACGCCGCGCACAAUGGCCGUGUGGGAGACUGAGGACGAGUCGUCCCAUGUGGCGACGGCCGCGGCCGCCUCGCUUCCCACACCCGCCGACACACCGUAUAGGACACCGUCGCGCGGUUCUAGGAAGUCGCGCCGAUCCAUGACUCCUCCUGGGAAGAACGGCAUACCACCAUUGCCAACCGAAAAACCCGACAGAAAUUCCAAGAGAUCAUCUGUCGACUAUGCCAACGACGAGAACAUUAGCGUUCUGGACCCCCGCCGCUUCACCCCGAACCUGCACGCAAAUCUCGUCUCGGAGAUACUGAAUCUGCGCAGAGAUCAGGAGGACAAGACAAAGAUAAUCGAAAGCCUCGAGAGCACUCUACACGCGGAGAGGGAGGAGCAGCAGUCUCUACAGGAGACCUUGACGAACACCUCUAAGGAGAACCGCUCGAUCAAGCGACAGUUGGCACUGCUAGAGGGCGGCACGUCUUCAGCUCUUGGGGAGCUCGCGCGCGAGCGAGAUGAAGCUAUAGAAGCUAUUGCCGAGGUGAGGAAGAGGUUGGAGACGACACAGAAACGGCUACGGCAACAAGAGGAUGAUUCCCAGCGCGUACAUGAUCAGUUUGAGAAGGAGAGGUUGGAAUGGGACGAAGAUCGGCGCAAGUAUGAGCGCAAGGUCCAUGUCGCCGAGAGUCGACUCAAGUCCCUGUUGGAGGAAGUUGCCGCAUUCCAGGCCGCCCAAGCUCAGGGUCUAGAGGCAGACGCUGAAGAGCCAGGCCGUGAAGCCAAUGAUGCAGCGAGCAUUCGCACCAUGAGCAUGACCAACAGCAUACGCUUUUCCACUUUCAGCACACCCGGCAAGCCCAUAGGGCACUCGCUCGCAGACGAGCUCAACUUUGACGGAGAGAGUGACUAUGAUACGGAUGCGGGCCGCGGCCGAGACAGUGCUCUUUCUAACCACAUGCACAUGCGCAACAACAGUAAGGAUAGUGUUUUGUCUAGGAUGCACCGCCGCAACAUCAGCAACGACAGCCUGAUCCGCCCGGGCAGCGCCCACAGGACCAAAUUCCUGAACCAGUCCGUGCUGGAUCGCCUGGAAGACGGUGUCAUUGAGGAAGAUGAGGAAGACACCACCAUGAUUGUAUCUGAUACGCCCCCGAAGCCUGCCUACACCUACGUUGAUGCCGCUGUUCAGUACUCGCCUCCUCCAUCCCCGGUAGUGCAGCCGGUCAAGCCAGUGACGCCCGAACCGCCAACGGUUCCGUCACGAGCUUCAAAGAUCCUGGAGAGCCAUGAGAGCUCUCCGAGGGCAGACGGAGAGGUCGAAGCCAAUCAGCGGCGGAAGAGGGUUCACAUUGCACGACCCAUGACCAUUGAGGCUGUUGUGAGGCAAACGGCCCCCAUGGUGUCAACCAGCUCUCAGACUACAGAAGCUUGGAGCCAGCGGAAGAGUGUAGAACCAGAAAAGGUCGUCCCUUCCAAGCCGGCUAUGGUCUCCACCUCUACGCAAACGGAAGGCCCUGCGCCUGCUUCGCCUGGUGCGGCCGCCAGCGACAAGGAUCUGAUGCAAAUCCCAAGCAUCAGCAUUCAUCCGCCCACAAGCCGGCCUUCGACCCCCAGAGAGCCACGCCUGCCACAGCUCACAAAGGAUUUCGGCUGCCAAGUAGCCAUCAUCACAUCGUCCGUUUCUACCAGAUCUGUUUCGGUCCAGACGGAGAAGAUCCAGAUGGACCAGCGCUUGAAGAAGCUCCCCGCUCACCUUCAUCCCUCGGCUAUUACUUCGCGGCCCGUCUCCCCAGUACCUGCGGGUACCGUAGACGGCCAGACCUCCAACCCGGCCCCUGGUAACCUCCCUCCCCGUAACCCAAUGAGGCUGGCCACGCAGAAGAGCCUGUCGAAUCUCACCCACUCCAACAACAAAUCUCCCACUUCUCCAACAAUGCCGACAAUGCCCGUCAGCCCUACCAUUCAGGUCCAGGAGAGCGAGGAGACGACGGAUGCGUACCCUGGCAACAAUGAUGAUGGCCCGCUGUCUAGCCAAAAGGCUCCCAUUAGGCGGCCACACCGUAUCAGCAGCUUGUUUGCAGGCUUUGACGGUGGCAGCUCCGACGAGGCCGAUGAAUUUGCAGGCGCUGAUGUUAGUGAUUCAGAGUUCAGGACUGCCCUGACUGCACCUGGAGGGGCCAGACCACCGUCGGUAACAGGCAACGAACACACCAGACGGGCCUCUGGUGGUGCCAAGCGUGCUCUCGAGUCGCCAGUAUCCAUCAAACAAUCAGGCACGCGAGGCCAUAACCGUUCUGGGGCGGUUCCGGCGUCUCCGACCACGGAGACUUACUCCAAGUACGCAAUUCCAGAUGGACGGGAAAGCGGCGAGUCGGCCGUGGGUUCUUGGAGAUCUUCGAUGCAGAGCGUUGGCAGCUCCCGAUCACAGGGUGACAAGCUUGGAGCUCUGAGCUCUAACCGAGCCAGUGUUAUGCGCAAGGCAGUCAUGAUACAAAAUGGCAUUGCCACACACCAAGGACGGUCCAGAAGCCCCAGCUUGCCAGACGCAAUGAACCCUCCGUUCCCGAUUCCGACGCGCGCCAGCUCUCGUCGCCCGCCGUUCAGCGCUAGCGCGCCCAGUGAUGGUCAGCGGAGUCCCACUAGGCGCCAUUCCAAGCAGCGUCCGUCUAGCAUCCGGAAGACCAAAUCGGCCGCGGCCCUGCCGCCGCGACAGAAGAGGAACGGAAGCCGCUCACCCCCCACGUUCUCAGCUGCCGAGGAGGAGGAUGAGGAAGAUCCUUUGGAGAGCCCUGGCCUACCGCCACUGCCCAACAACGACAUCACCACUCCCCGUACAAACAGUCGCUUCAGCAGGUCACACCACCGCCAGCAACCAUCCACGAGCACAGCCGUUACCAACGCCACCACCGGCGCGGCGUCUACCGGCGGCAACUCAACACAAGCAGCCACCGGAGUCGUGGAUGCUAUUGCGCAGACCAUGGUUGGUGAAUGGAUGUUCAAGUACGUGCGGAGACGCAGGUCUUUUGGAGUCCAGGGCAGCGGCGAGGCCAGCGGAAGGGACGACACUAGUAACGACAGGCACAAGCGUUGGGUGUGGUUGGCGCCUUAUGAGCGGGCCAUUCUAUGGAGCAGCAAGCAGCCGGUGUCGGGAAGUGCCUUGUUAGGCAAGGCGGGUCGCAAACUGGUAAUCCAGUCUGUCUUGGACGUCAAGGAUGAUAAUCCGACGCCCAAGGGCGCUACUUCGGUAUUCGACAGGUCUAUUCUGAUUCUCACACCACAGCGUGCCCUCAAGUUUACCGCCACUACGCGAGAGCGGCACUACGUGUGGUUGACUGCGCUGUCCUUCCUUGCACACUCGAAUCAGGAAGUCCCCGAGAUUUUGGCAUCGCCGCCAUCGACGACGCUUGCUGUGAACAAAGCACCUCUUUCCGACUAUGAUCUGGCGCAACAAAAGCCUCAAAGGCGGGGUGGAAUUAGGGACUCUAUCAGAUUGGCCAAGGGCCGGACCAUAGUGACACGCGGCGGCGGCGGCGGCGGCGGCCUCAUGAGUAUUGCAUCGUCGACUCAGACCGACUUUAACACAGCCAGCAUCCCCUCCACCUCCAACAGGCCUCCCGAGUCUAUCAUGUCGUCCAUCUCUGCAGGAACGGCAGGGACAAGCUACGGGCCGGCAGGCUUCGUUAGCACCAUGUCCAGCAACCACCAGCGCGAGACUUCACGCGACACGGCAGCACCGCCGCCCAUCCCUCGAUUCAACGACUCGAGGAUGAGCAUGCUCAGCGAGCGUGCCAACCAAGUCAUGGUGCACGGCCGCAAGCGGAGCAACACGGGCGGCCACGUCCCGCCGCCCCUGUCGUUCCGUGGCUUUUCCGGUCCCGCGAGCAACGGGAGGGAUAGCGCCAACAGCGGCAGCUACCACCAGUCGACCAACAGCACAGCCGGGGCUAGCGUCGAGACGUCGGGCUCUUCGGGCAUCCUGGGCAGCUUUGGCGGCAGCAACUGGAACGGCGCCGGCGGAAACAGCAGCAGCGCGGGCCAGGCGAGCCAGCGCACGUCGGAGGCGUCGUCGCGGCCGUCGGCCGCUCCGUCCAACAACUUUUUCGAUGCCAUCGGAACCGUCCGCAUGGAGGCCUUCAUCAGCCCCUUGGCCCAGAACUCUAUUGGCGCCAUUGGUGGCUAUCCGGACGAGGAGGAUGAGAUGAGGUACCGGGCGCGGCGGAGGAGCAAGGAGAUGCGCCGUCGAGCCAGUCGCAGCCGGCAGCGCGACAACUACGGGAACCGUAUCCCCGGGGCCGCGUCCAGGGCUGGAUCUCGAUACGAAGAGGACUUUUUCUCUCGUGAUGAUCCUUUCAAGGGUUUCUAGAAGAGGCUCUAAAAGAAAUUUGCGCCCAUUGAUGUUGUAGUGGGAAGGUGUGAGUUGUGAGAAACUACUUUUCUUUUUUUUUCACAACUAUUCGUUUCGUGUAGCUUUUUUCUUUCCUACAUUUUUUUCUUAGUCUGAUUAGCGGGAUCACAUUUUCCUCGGCGUUAUUUUUCUGUCGCGUUGUUGACCCGAGGGUUACUCUCGUUUUUCUUGGUAUAUAUAUUUGUUUUGUCUUAACCUGGAAUCCUCGCGGACGUCCAGAUUCACUCGUUUGGGCGUCGUUGAUUUUCCUUGACUGUUAAUACUCUCGUUGUACCAAUACAGACAGAUAUGGUAAAAGUCGGGCCAUAAAAGAAAGAAAAAGAAUUAUUUGCCUGUCUAGUUGGUUAUUUAUCCAAGUGUGUAUCGUAUCUGUUUGCCUGUUUGCUAGCCUGCAUCCCAUACCCUGGUGUUUGUCUACCUAGUACAGAAAAUCAUCACGGACAGUUCUUCUUCAUAGCAUCACUCAAGGCGACGAAUACAAUGAAAAACAUAAUCC